GAUUUCACCCAGAGUGUCUGGAACAGGCGUCUGCUAGCUCCUCUUUAAAGAACAAAAGGUUUCUCUUGACAUCACAAUGAGCAGUCGAGUGGAUGAUGUUAUGCAGCUUUGCUGUGAGGUCUCGGCCAGCAGGAAGAUGAAAGCAGCCAUGAAGAGCUCUGGAAAGGGAGCUGCAGCGGCUGGUGGAGGUGCUUUUGUAGGGGGGAUGGUUGGAGGCCCAGCCGGAAUAGCUGUUGGUGGUACUUUGGGAGGUCUUCUGGGAACAUGGAUGACCAGUGGCCAAUUCAAACCUCUUCCUGAGAUCAUCAAGGAGUUGCCUUCAAAAUAUAAGGAGAAACUGUACUCUGAUGUCAUGGGUGCAUUGGGCACACUUGACUGGACAGACGUGGCUGGCCUUAUUGUUCUGGUUAUGGGCAGUGCCACUCUGCAAGAGCAAGUGCUUGCUGCUAUACUCACUUAUGCCAGAAAAGAGCUCAAGGCUGAAGUGCAGUAUGGAAACUGACCACUAGAGGGUUGAUGUCACCAGCCAGUGGUUCUCAAUCCUGCAUCCUGUUUCUUUUGUAGCCUACUCGUGUUUCUGUUUCUCUGCAGCUCCUGUUCAGCCUCUUUUUUUUAAGCAAUAACAUUAGCCUUAUGAAGACAAUUAGUUAUGUGCAUAAUGCAGGUUAUUCAAAUAAAGCAGGUUAAUUUGUGGCCUGAUCUGUGGUGGUUUUCGGUACCUCCUGUGGUGCAGUUAAAACUAAUACAAUUUUAUUUCUGAUUUUAAAAAGUUUAAAUGUAUUAUUAUUGUUU